CGGAAUACUUUUGCCAUGGCACCGCCCCCACGACUUCCGCCACGAACCCAGCAGUCCCUCCCCAACGCCGGAAGUCCCGCGGCCUCACUUCCUCAGAGUCUUCCCCCACCCCGACGCGGAGAAGGGGACUUGGUUCCGGCCCCUGGUGGGUGCCGGCUCGGCUUUCCCCGCGCUCCGGAGCGGUGUUCCGGGCCCACCGCUUUCCCGGACGCCGGCGCCGGAAGCUCGGGCCGCGACCGCGCCGGGAGAGCGCCGGGCCGGGCGCGAGGCUCGCGCGGGGCCAUGAACGGAACGGCGAACCCGCUGCUGGACCGCGAGGAGCACUGCCUCCGGCUCGGGGAGAGCUUCGAGAAGCGGCCGCGGGCCUCCUUCCACACCAUUCGCUAUGAUUUUAAGCCAGCGUCUAUAGACACUUCCUGUGAAGGAGAGCUUCAGGUUGGCAAAGGAGAUGAAGUCACAAUUACGCUACCACAUAUCCCUGGAUCCACACCGCCAAUGACUGUGUUCAAGGGGAACAAACGGCCCUAUCAGAAAGAUUGUGUGCUCAUUAUUAAUCAUGACACUGGUGAAUAUGUGCUGGAAAAGCUCAGUAGCAGCAUUCAGGUCAAGAAAACAAGAGCUGAGGGGAGCAGUAAAAUCCAGGCUCGAAUGGAACAACAGCCUGCUCGUCCCCCACAACCAUCACAGCCGCUGCCGCCACCUCCUCCACCACUUAUGCCAUUCAGAGCUCCAACGAAGCCUCCAGUUGGACCUAAGACUUCUCCGUUGAAAGAUAACCCCUCACCUGAACCUCAGCUGGAUGACAUCAAAAGAGAGCUGAGGGCCGAAGUCGACAUUAUUGAACAGAUGAGCAGCAGUGGGAGCAGCUCCUCAGACUCCGAGAGCUCCUCCGGAAGCGAUGAUGACAGCUCCAGCAGCGGAGGUGAGGACGAUGCACCAGCCUCCCCUCCACAGCCUUCACACCAGCAGGCCUACAACAGCAGGCCCGCCGUCGCCAACGGGACCAGCCGGCCUCAAGGCAGCAACCAGCUAAUGAACACCCUCAGAAAUGACUUGCAGUUGAGUGAAUCUGGCAGUGACAGUGAUGACUAGAGCCGGAUCUUUCGAAAUCUACUUUUUUGGUGCACAAAUAUGCUGCAAGACCAGGCUACUUUAGCACGGAGUCCAUUGCCAAGAGGAAAACGUUGUGGAGCAGUGACUGUAGUAGGAGUCUGAGGCUCUGGAGCGCUCAGAUAUUCAAGUCCUUAACUUAGAGGUGAUGGGUGAUUUUCUCAUGUACUUUUUGAACAAUCUCAUGUUUCAAAGUUUUAGAUCUACAGAAGAACUAACAAUUAUAUUCUGAUUUGGCUAACCUUGUUAAUGAAAAACAGAUAAUUAUGCACUGGUCUAGGUUACUCAGAGGCUGUGUCUUCACCAGGCCAGCGAUUCAGUUUUCAACCUCAGCAGCCACCAGUUUGGCCACGUGGUCUCUACCAGUGAAAUGAAACACAGUCUUUGAGGUGUAGGAGAGGGAGAGAAACCUCAAAUUGCGGCAUAGCGGUAUGUUAAAACCACUGUAAAUUGUUGACGCAAAGUGGUAAGUUUUGCCUGACCCAGCCUGACAAUCCUGUGUAGAACUGGACUUCAAGCCUGAGUCCUAGAGUGUCAGCUGGGCUGAACCCUGGAGACCUGCUAGUUCAGCCCCCUCGUUUACAAACAGGAAAGGGAAGCACACAGCUGGUGUGUGGCAGGUUUCCUGCCCAUUCUCCAGGCUUUUCUCAACUGCUGUCUCCCUUGAAUCUCAUUUGUUGGAAUCAGAGAUUCUUCUGCUGGGACUUUAAAUGUACAUUGGAGCUUUUACUGGGUUCCAAAAGACAAAAGUGUUGAGUACUUCCAGCUCAAUUUAGAUCUAGAUAGUCCCUAAAUGUCUGAGGCUGGGUAAACAAAUCAGACCAGCAGCCGUUGGACUGACUUGUGUGACUCGAUAAAUUGGGGCUUUCUUUCCAUGUAGAGCCAUACUAAGUGUCCUUCAUUCAGUGGAUUUUAGGGAGGGGAGCUGUAGGGAGUGAGGAGAGGUGAAGUGAAGAAACCUCUCUGAACAACUGAACCAACAGUAAGUUUCCAAGUUUUCCAAAAACCAGAAUCUAGAUAGUAGGAGUUCUGCAAUAUGAAACGAGCACAUUCUCUGAUAAGGUGUUUCUCUUCAUACUAUUUUACCACUGAUUGUGCCUGCCUCCCAGAUGAAUUUGUAUUUUUAUAGACAACUAGAAGAAAGUCCCAAGAUUGCCUUUUGCAGUAUGCAGUUUCCGAAUGAAUCUGUUGCAGGAACCUGGUCACUAGUAAAUGUUCCAUACUGAGUGAAUGUGUGAUAAAUCAUCCUGUAAUUAGUGUGGAGUAGCCCAUUUCUGUAGUUUGAAUGAAUGUGUCCUGAGAAAUUUCCAUCUACUUUGGUUCAGUGGGCAUCACGGCAUUAAAAAUGAUUUUACUUCGUCGGGUUCCUCCACUUGAUGGCCCUCCGUCCCCAGCUGUGGGAAGGAAGCAGUCUGGACUGAGGAAGGAAAUUGAUGGUCCAUGGUGGGAGCUUUAGGUGAGAGUCGCAUCUAUGCGGGUGAAGUAGAGCAUUGAGUAUGCUUCAUCUGCAAAGUGACUGACUCAGGGUGCUGGACACAUGGGCAAGGAGCCAGGGGACCCAUCGUCCAGCAGCACACUCACACCACUCAACCCAAGUGGAGGUCAGAGGUACCCCUCAUACCCUGUGGUGGGUUCUCAGCUCAUCAUGAGCUGUCAGUGGAUUUAAUGGUAUGUAGGAACUUAUUUAUGAUGAAUUGAUAAUUGAUUUAUAAUUCCUUGGUAAUGAUGACAGCUCAGGGAAGUUGAAGGUCAUGACUGAGAGACUUGAAUUGUUACUGGAUGUGGGAAUUGUUUCAUUGCUCUUAACUUACUCAAGCUGGGGCAGGUUUUAGGAACUUGAACUAAACAUAUCUAUUUAAGCCUUUUUUUAUUUUUCCUCUUCUCUCCCAUAGUCUUGAUUUAUAUAGACAGAACUGUGGAUUUUGUUAUGUUGGGUCAAGAUGUUUGUUUGUAUAGGAAGUGUCUGUGUGCAGCUCUGGCCUUGGUGAGUCAGGCUCUUCGUGCUCAGACCCUCUCCACCCUCAUCCAUCCUGUCCGGCACUCCAGCACAGCUCCAGCGUGGGUCUCUGCGCAGAGCUGUCAGUGGUUCCCUUUGCCCCCAGCCCCAGCUUUACCCACCAGAGUAAGGAAUCUUUUCUCCUUGGAAAUCAAGAAUUUGGCCUCACAAACUGCUUUUCAUCAGUAUCCUUGUGCCAGCCAAAUUGGACGUCUUGUUCUUCCUGCCCUGUGCCUGCUCCCUCAGCCUCCAUGAACCUCCCCUUUACCCUCCUCCUCCUCGCCCCUCCAAACUCCACUCCUGAGGUUCUGUAGGUGCCAUCCUCAUGGAUUCUUCCUCUUUUUCUUUCAACUGAUAUGGAGUGCCCAGUAUGCAUUUACUGACCUUCCUCUUGCUUGAACUCUAGUUGGUGGGAACUCCUUAAAAGCAGGGACUGUCAUUCUCAUCUCUGUCCCAGAACUGGGGUGUCCACAGGAAUAGACAUUAAAAUGCUUAUAGCCUGGUGGGGGAGGAGGCAGCGAAAACUAAUGGUAGAGUACAGAAGACAGAGAUGAGAAAUUCCUGGCAUUUGGAGACAGCUGAAAACCAUCCAUGCUGAUUUUCAUGAUUUUGAAUUCUCUAAUUCAGUUAUUAAAUUUCCCUUUUUAUUUUCUCUAUACAACGUUUGCCAUUCUGUGGGUCAUGUAGGUGAGGUGUGGAGACUUAAGUCUGAAUUAUCCAAGGCCCCAUGGCAAGCCACAGUAAAGACAUGCUUUGGAGAAACAAUACAAAUAAACUAGAGAUCUGUAAUGAUGCCACUCAUUAACUCCUUUAUUUCUGUAGAAGAAGCAUUUUUUCUAUGUUUGGUAUGAAUUUCUAUGUGCUUUGGUGGUGGGAAAACUUGAAAAUUCCAAAAUCCUUACUUCCCUGUUUGAGAAGCUGAUUCAGUGUGUGUCUGUGUGUGUCUGUGUGUGUGUGUGUGUGUGUGUGUCUGUGUCUGUGUGUGUCUGUGUCUGUGUGUGUGUGUGUCUGUGUGUGUCUGUCUGUGUGUGUGUCUGUGUGUGUCUGUGUGUCUGUGUGUGUUAGGAUUCUCAAAACUCAGGCCUUAACCAGUAGGUUGGAAGAUAAGAGCAAUUGAAGCAUUAUGAAAUGUGUGUUUUCAUUGCUCCUGUUAAUUCUGUCUUGGUUUUAUUGUCUUGUUCUUUAAUGAUUUUAAGAUCAUGAAGUAGGUAUGCAUGUUUACAUUUAUGUAAAAUAUUUGCUGUUUAAAGUUUUUUUUGGUUUAUUCUCUUAAAAGGUCAUUGUAUUUAAGUAAAAAAUGAAGGUCAGCAAUACACGUAAUGUCUUGGUAGUUUUUAUUUUCUUACUGUCACUAAAAAUCAAUGAGAAAUGGAGAGUUCUUUUAAGAACCCUUUGUCCAUAAGCCAGAUUAACUAACUAAAUUGCUUCCUUUGUGAUGUGGUGUUUAUGAUAAUUAUGAAGAACAAUUCAGUUUUAAAAGGUGCAAACUUAGAAACUGAAGGAUGAUUUCAGCAAGCCACAUGGCACCUGGGGCCAUUUUACUUGGUCUGGAAAGGCAGGCUUAGCUUUGGGUCUGAGAACUCCGCAAGGAUUAAACUGAAUCCCUCGACAUAAAUCCUACCAUCAUCUUCUUGUUGUUAGUUGCCAUCAAAUAGAUUCCAACGCAUAAGAACCCUAUGUGUGCAGAGUAGAACUGCUCAGUAGGGUUUUCAAGGCUGUGAC